ACGACGAUUGUAUUUGGUGGUUUGUUGGUAAAAGAUUUUGGAAAAGGAUUGAAGAAAUUUUUUGUCAAAUCAUCUGCAAAGCCAACUUCACCUGGUGAAGAAGAAGCAAAUAUUGAACCAAAAAGAAUAUCAAUUGACGAUUAA